UUACAUCUUUCAAAAACCAUUUCAGAAUAAUAACUGACAGAUGCUCUGCUCCGUAACACAAACACACACAACAUGACACUAUUCUUCCUCUAUUCUCUCCUCUUCCUUCUCCUCCGUUUCUCCGCCGCAUAUCCUCUCCCGGCGACGGACUACUUCAACUCCUUCUUACCAUCCGACGCCGUCGCUCUACUCUCCUUCAAAUCCACCGCCGAUCUCGACGACAAGCUUUUGUACUCCCUCACCGAGCCUUACGACUACUGUCAAUGGCGCGGCGUAGAGUGCUCUCAAGAUCGCGUCGUUAGACUCGUUCUAAAAGGCGUCGGCCUCCGUGGACGUUUCUCACCGGAGACUCUCAGUCGCCUUGACCAGCUCCGUGUUCUUAGCCUUGAAGAUAACUCGCUCUCUGGUUCGAUUCCUGAUCUCUCUCCACUCGUCAACCUCAGAACCCUAACCCUAAGCAGAAACGGUUUCUCCGGCGCUCUCCCUCCGUCGCUUCUCUCCCUCCGUCGUUUGCUCGUGCUCGAUCUCUCGUAUAACAACUUCUCCGGCGAGAUUCCGUCUGAUAUCAAUGCUCUGACGCGACUCAGUUCUUUGAAUCUUGAGUUUAACAGAUUCAACGGCGAACUCCCGCCGCUGAAUCAGUCCUACAUGACGUCGUUUAACGUCUCCGGUAAUAAACUCACCGGGAAGAUUCCGAUGACGGCGACUCUGUUACGUUUCAACGUAUCCUCGUUCUGGCCCAACGCUGGACUCUGCGGUGAGAUCAUCAACAGAUCUUGCGGCUCACUUUCUCCGCCGUUUUUCGACUCGUCUAAACCGAACGCCACGUCAUCAUCAUCUGCGUCGCAACCGCCUCAAACCGCUCAGAACGGUGAAGCAACGUUGCCGACUCUUCCCGGUUCAUCAGUGAGUAAAAAGAGCAAAAAUGGAUGGUUAGUGCUCGGUUUCACCAUUGGCCUCGCGUCGCUCGUAGUCCUCGGUCUCUGCCUCGUCGUGUACUCGCUUGUUAUCAAGAACCGGAGAGAUGAUGAAGACAACGACGUGACGAUGUUUCAACCGAAUCUAAAAGGAGAUACUACGCAACCACCAACCGAAUCUCUCACCGCACGAGCCGUUCCAGCCUCAAGUAUCAAACCGCUGAAGCGUGAAGAGGAAGUCAAGAUUCAAAUCCAAGCGCCGCCGCAAAAGAGAGUCCCAAGAAGCGGAGAUCUGAUUUUCUGCGGCGACGUUAAUGAAGGAGGAGAAGGCAUGUAUACGUUAGACCAGCUGAUGCGAGCUUCGGCGGAGCUUCUGGGAAGAGGAUCGGUAGGGACGACGUAUAAGGCGGUGAUGGUUAACCAGAUGAUCGUGACGGUGAAGAGAUUUGCACCGUCCAAAACAGCGGUUACUUCGGAUCUGGAGUUUGAGAAUCACAUGGAGAAAGUGGGUACGCUCAGGCACCCCAACCUUGUGCCAACAAAAGCUUAUUUUCAGUCGAACGGAGAGAGACUUGUCAUCUACGAUUACCAACCCAACGGAAGUCUCUUCAACCUUAUUCACGGUUCAAGAACAUCAAAGGCAAAGCCAUUACAUUGGACAUCAUGUUUAAAGAUAGCAGAAGAUGUAGCUCAAGCACUACAUUACAUUCACCAAUCAUCUGCAAAAUUCCAUGGAAACCUCAAGUCCACAAACAUCCUCCUCGGUCACGACUUCGAAGCUUGUCUCACGGAUCACUGUCUAAGUGUCUUAAUAGACUCAUCUGUCCCUCCUAGUGAUCCUGACAUCGCUUCCUACAAAGCACCUGAGAUCAGGAAAUCGGCAAACAGUCCUACGUCCAAAUGCGAUGUUUACUCGUUCGGAGUCUUCCUCUUUGAGCUGUUGACGGGUAAACCGGCUUCAAGGCAACCGUUUAUGGCGGAGAAUAAUAUGUUGGAUUGGGUAAGAGCAAUGAGGCAAGAAGAUAAGAAGUCCAAGGAAGAGAAUGGGCUUGAGAUGAUGACUCAAACAGCUUGUCUUUGCCGUGUGACGUCGCCUGAUAAAAGGCCGACGAUGAGAGAAGUGAUAAAGAUGAUUCAAGAUAUAAAGGAGAGCGUUGUGAUGACUGAAGAAAACGAUAAAUUCCAGUACUCGUAGUGUUUUCGAUCAUUAAUGGUGUACGUGUACGUGAAAAGUGUAUAUGUUCUUUUUUUUGA